AUGCCUUUUUCACAGCAAAUUUAUCCACCCAAACAAGCCAGAAACCAGUGUUUAUCAUGUAUAAAAUGUGGUAAUAAGUUGUUACCACUAGGCCAGUAUGAGAAGCAGAAAAAACAUCCAGAAUUCCUGACCUGUGUUUUCAAGAAGAACACAGAGUUGAUAUAUUUUCCCAACAUGAAGACCAAGGAUUGCCAAUUACAAACAGUUGAAUCUGAAACAAAUAGUAAAGGUUUAAUGUUGAACAGUGUAUAUGACGAAACAUUAGGAUGUUGUAUACAGUAUUUACAAUGUAUACAAUGUAAGAAUGAUACAAUGAUUGGAGGUAGAGUUCUGCUGGCAGAUUCUACCUCGCAAUAUACAGCUGGACAGACUUGGAUUCUGUCAUCAGCUGCUAAGUUAUGAUGUGGAUAUUUCACUUCCAAGUUAAUCUUGUCAUUUUGACAGACUGGUGCUGCUAUUUUCAGACUUAAAAGGACUGUUAUGAUAGAGAAGUCUGACAAUAAUUGAUCUGCCUUCAAUCUUUUAUCUUGCCUAGUCACCCUAAACGUCUUAAUUUUGUGAGAAAGAACUAUUUUAAACCUUUAACCAGCUAGAAGUGAGUUAUUCGACCUUUCACACAAGUAUAGAGCCAAGUCAGCAUCUAUACACUCUUGACCAGGCUCUAUACUGUUGGUAGUUUUUAUCUUGAUAUUGGAAUACCUUAAACUUUGAAUAGACUGUUCCAAACUCACAGCAGGGCAAAUCCAUUACAAAAAAUCAGGAGGUUAAGCGUUAUCAUUGAACCCAUUCUUUAAAGGUCAAUAUCUUCUAUAACACAAUCUCAGUAAAAAAAAAAACAAGCAAAGUUUGAUAUAAAUUUUAUCACAUAUGGAGCAUGUCAUUAAGAAAAUUUAUAAUUAUUAUUCAUUGCAUGUUUAUUACUAUUAUGAUAUUAUAAAACUUAAAGUUAUCCCCCCCUUUAAUUGGUUGUGAGAUGUAUUUCUGGUUUGACACUGUGUUCAAUGCGCAAACUUGCAAAGUUUGGAAUUUUUCAAAAAGUUCUUUGUAAAUAAAUGAAUUUACCAUUAUAUUUAAUUACAGCAUGUGCGUUAUUGUUGUUUUAUGAAGUAUUUAAGGAGUUAUUGGUCCUGAAUUGAUUAAAAAUAGAGAGAAUAAAUCAGGACAGUUACACAUAUAUAAAAGUUAAGAAAAUCACAUAAGUCUCUUUUGGUGUAAGUUAGACAUAGCAAUAUUUUAAACCAAAACGUUUUAAAACAUCUUUAAUUGGUGAUAUUUGUAUGUUGACUUGCAGGUUUUGUUUUAUUUUAAA